GCACAACGGUCCAUCAUCAAAGAUGGCGGGAGCCUCCGACCCACUGGAGGACAUGCUCUUCAAUGAGGUGGACGAGAAAGCGGUCAGCGACCUCGUUGGUUCUCUCGAGUCACAGCUGGGCGACAGGAAGCCUACCGCGGCGUCGUUUUCCGAGGGGAAACGGGACGUAGCUGCGGCCGCUGCCGGACACUUCUCAGGAAAAGUGCGCGAUCAAUUGGGGUCCGCGGAGCAGCCGCAACAAGGGCAUCCAAAAGCGGGGUCGACCCAGGAACCCGGCGCUAACGAGUCGCUCUCCGGAAAAGCGCUCCCCUCCUCUACCUCCGCCGUGGCUACCGGAGCCGUAAUCACCGCCGGAGCCAGCCUGCAGACCGCGGGAGCGCCUCCUUCGAUUGCUUCACCUGGACCGGGACCCGUAACUUUGCCCACGCAGUCCGCUGCCGCUAGUUUCCAUCGGGCUGCUGUCCUGGGUCCGAGCGAGGGUCCCAGCGCCACCGUGGUCCCGCCGGUGGAGGCGAUCAGGACCUCCUCUCCCGGAUUACAGAGUGUAAAUGGCGGGUCUGGAGCCGGAAAGUUGGCAAACUCGCCCGGUGUCCCUCCACCCGCCGGGACCGGCUCCGUCAUCAGCGUCUCCAUGGCUUCACAGCCCGGCUUCCCUGUACCUCAGUCCCCGGUGGGCUCCCCCGCCGUGGCACUGCAGCGGCACCCCAGUCCGGUGACCAGUGUGCCCCAGAACGGCGUGGACCCCAAGAGUGGCCCCUCCCCGUCUGCCUCUGCCUCUCAGGUCAUCAACCACAGCAACCCUCUGAUGCACACCAAGAUGCUGGUACCCAACCAGCCCGUCAUCCUGACCAGCACCCCCCCUCCGGCUGCAGCCCAGUCCCCCAUCACCCAGACUGGGACCAGCACGCCGCCCGCCGGGGCCAAACCUGUUGUAAAUGGAGUGGCUCAGCCUGCUAUGGCAGUGGUGAGGCCGCCGGGCACAUCUGUGGGAGGGGUAACCUCCAUCCAGCAGCAGAGACCCGGGCUGGUGGUCGGCUCGACCCGGGCGGCCACCCCUCAGCCCACGCUGGCUGUCCGGCCUCAGCAGCAAACCACCAUCCAGCUGCCUCCUGGCUUCACCAUCCCUCCAGGUAUGGUUCUGGUCCGGACAGAGACAGGUCAGCUGGUCAUCGUCCCUCAGACGGUUCUGGCCCAGGCUCAGGCCAAGACGCAGCAGGGUCAGACGGUGGUCACUCAGAGACCCGCAACACCGACGGCUGCAACCACCAUACGAGUCAGCACUGCCACCACGGCGGCUGGCCCCCCUCAGACCGUCCGCCUGGCUUCCCCCACCCAAACCAGAAUGGUUCAGACUCCCUCCACCACCUCCGUACAGGCCCUCCCCGUGGCCCCCGGCGCCACCGCCGUGUCCGUGAAGAUGACCACGCCCCAGAAGACUCCGACGGUGAUAACAACGGGGGGGACGUCUGCAGCCAAGCCCGCCAGCGUGCCGUCAGCCACCCUUCCUGCCGCCUCGCCCACCCCCAGAGUCACCGUGGUGUCGCAGGAAAUGCAAGAGAACGUGAAGAAAUGCAAGAACUUCCUCGCCACGCUCAUCAAGCUGGCAUCCCAUAAUUCCCCCUCCCCAGAGACCUCCAAGAAUGUGAAAGCCCUGGUCCAGGACCUGCUCGAUGCAAAGAUUGAGCCUGAGGAGUUCACGUCUCGGCUGCAGGCUGAGCUGAAGUCCUCCCCGCAGCCCUACCUCAUCCCCUUCCUCAAGAAAAGCCUCCCCGCCCUCCGUCAGACGUUACUCAACAGCCAGCAGUCUCUGACGACGGUCCCUCCCACCACCUCUGCACCGCCGCCAGUCGCCCCCGGCUCCAUCAGACCACGGCUACCCGUCGGCCCGGCAGGCAGCACAGUUCGCCUGAACCCACCCAUCACCAACACAGCAGCUCUGCCUGUCGGCAGACCAGGAGUCCAGACUUUGCAAAGUCGUUCACCGGUUGUAUUCAGUCAGCAGCUCAGACAUCAAGCUACGCUCAUACGAGGACCUGCAGCCAUCGCUGGGAAGAGUCUGGUCAACCUGCCGGUUCCAGCCAAUCAGAAGAAGCUGAGUGACCCGGGGGGCGGGACCUUUAGAGACGAUGACGACAUCAACGACGUGGCGUCAAUGGCAGGCGUCAACCUGAACGAGGAGAAUGCCCGUAUCCUGGCAACCAGCUCAGAGCUGGUCGGCACCAAGAUUCGGUCCUGUAAAGACGAGUCCUUCCUGCCAACGGACCUGCUGCACCGGCGCAUCCUGGACACAGCAAAGAAGCUGGGGGUGACGGAGGUUCCUCUGGACGUGGUGAACAUCAUCUCCCAUGCCACCCAGUCCAGACUUCGCUCUCUGCUGGAGAAGGUUUCUGUCGUCGCUCAGCACCGCACCGAUGGAGGAAAGGAUGAAGAGCUCCAGGAGCAGACGUCGGACGUUCGCUCUCAGCUCCGUUUCUUCGAGCAGCUGGAGAGGAUGGAGAAGCAGAGGAAAGACGAGCAGGAGAGGGAGAUGCUGCUGAAGGCCGCAAAGAGUCGAGCGCGACAAGAAGAUCCAGAACAGGCUCGACUCAAACAAAAGGCAAAAGAGAUGCAGCAGCAGGAACUCGCUCAGAUGCGACAGCGUGAUGCCAACCUCACGGCUCUCGCCGCCAUUGGACCACGCAAGAAACGGAAGCACGACGCAAUGGGCGGAGCCACGGCCGGCAGCGAGGUGGCUUCAGGCUCCGGCUCUGUUUCCUCUGCAGCCGUCUCCCCCCGCCAGCAGCUCCGACAACGGAUCACUCGGGUCAACCUCAGGGACUUCAUCCUGUGUCUGGAGCAGGACCGCAGCACAUCUCGCUCUCUGACGCUCUACAAGGCCCUGCUGAAGUGAGGGGCCCCACCCUGGUCCUCCUCAGAGGGGAGUAAUGGAUUCUGGUCCUCCUGAGAGGGGAGUGAUGGAUUAUGGUCCUCCUGCAUCAGAUUUCAGUCUCACCUGGACCCUCAGAUCGCAACAAGUUUAAUUUGAAAGGAUACUGUGCGUCAUUUGGUCCAGUGUUAUAGAAAAACUCCCCCAGUUCUAACAUGCCCCCCCCCCCCCACACACACACACACACACACACACACACACACACUUACACUAACACGUGCAAACACUCACACAGAAUCAUGUUUUGCUGAAAGAUUAUCAGUUUCAGAUUUUAGAAUUUAAAGUUUGACAGCUUACAAUGCAAAAUGGACUCAACAUCGGAUUCUGAAUCUACAGACGGUGACUGCAACAUUGGGUUCUGAAUCGAUGGGCAGUGAACACAGCGUCGGGUUCUGAAUCGAUGGGCAGUGAACGCAGCGUCGGGUUCUGAAUCGAUGGGCAGUGAACGCAGCGUCGGGUUCUGAAUCGAUGGGCAGUGAACGCAGCGUCGGGUUCUGAAUCGAAGGGCAAUGAACGCAGCGUCGGGUUCUGAAUCGACAGGCAGUGAACGCAGCGUCGGGUUCUGAAUAGACAGGCAAUGAAUGCAGCGUCGGGUUCUGAAUAGACAGGCAAUGAAUGCAGCGUCGGGUUCUGAAUCGACGGGCAUUGAAUGCAGCA